AUGACCCGUAAUCUUCCCGUGGUUCAAGCCGUUCAAAGACACGAACUCACGCUUCUACGUUUGGAGGAUCUUUUAAGGAACAAUGUUUCCGGGGAUGGACCCGUUUGCACGUUGGCCAGUGAUUUGUGCUCCAGAUUGUUGGAUUUUGCAAUCAGACUAACUUCGGCAAAGAGAAAAAUAUUAGAAGACGUCGAGUUGUAUUACACGGAAGAAAACGGGGCGGUCGUGGAAUUGUCGAAAACGGAACAACGAAUCAGACGGAAAAACACGUACGAAAAAUUAGUUUUAGUGCCUGGAAAAUUGGAUCACGCCAGCGUGGUCGCUUACAACGUGGGUCGAUACACGAAAGAUGAAAAUGAAAAAGAUGUCGGAUUGACGAAUCCGGAUGAUGAAAGUUCGUCGUUGGAAGCCUCGAGUUCGACGUGCGAACUCGAAUUUAAAAAUACGGAAAUGAAAGAUGGACAAACAACGGAAGAUGAUAUGAAGAAGAGUAAUGAAAAUGGUGGAAAUAAAAGACUUUCGAUAUACGAUAAUACUAAUGAUGAUGAUGAUGAUGUUGAUGAUGAAUCCGAAGGAAAAAUGAAUGAUUUAUUCGAAACCGUAAUGUGA